UUCGCCAGCACUGUAACGGUUCAUCGGUCGACUGGUGGCAAACGUUGUUCCGGAGCGAUCUCGCAAAAAUUAAACAAAAACGGGGGAAAAGGAAAAUAACCAUCGUGAAAAAAGACAUCCAGUGCUCGUGUGUGUGUUUGUGCCAGUGUGCCAGUGUCAGUGUCAGUGAGUGUGUGCUAGUGAGCUCAUAAAAGAUUCAACAGCCUGUCGGGGCUAAAAAAUAAAUAAAAAUAAGAAAAAUAACAACGUGGUUUGAGCGGAAAAAGCUACAAAAAUGAUACAUAAUUAGCCCAGAAGGAAAUAACAAAUAAAAUGCUUGUGCAGCGGAGGAAACAACAGUGUUGAAGCAGAACAACAACAAGGUGCAGGUGCAAGAGCAAAAGCAGGUGCUGAUGCAGCAGGUGUAGAAAGUGGUGCUGCUGCCAUCGCCUUUAAGCGCCACUUGAUGCCAUCGUGACACACAAAGGGGAAUCCAUUGAAAAGGCAAUUGACGAGAAAACGGAGGAGGUAACUAGCUGGUGGCAGCGAUGACAGUGACACGUCCGCAAGCUUCGCCACCCAGAUGACGGGGAGGCAGCAGCAGCAUCUCCAACACAAUCCCGAGGACAAGACACAGCCGAUCAACGUCUCAACGCGUCGAGGAGAAUGCAAAUAGGCGCUAAAGACAGCAGCCAGAGCAGCAGCAACAACCGCCUCCAGCCACCAGGAUCCGAGCCUGCUCCCGAGCUCCCGGAGCUAAGUGUAGCCACUGUAUAUCGGGGUCAACAUGGCGGAUGCGGACGAUAGCAAGAGUGGCAGUGGCAGCGGCGGCAGUGGGAGUGCGAGUGGAAGUGCUAGUGGUCGUGGCAGCGGCGCCGAAUCCCUGCAGCUGCUGACCAAACUGGACAAGGCUGUAUCCACCAAUGAUGUCCUGCUGGAUCUGCAGAGGGCCCUCACCUAUGAGGCUGUCUUUAGCACUCUGGUGGAGCACAAAAUGCAGGCCCUUAAGCGGGAUUAUGAGGAGCACAAGAAGGCCAAGAGGCGGAAGCGUAAGUCAAUUGGUCGCAUCUUUCUGCCAAGGAAGCUAUUUGGUGGCGGUGGAGGAAGUGGGAGUCGUCGGUCCAGCAGAGAGGAUACACCGCCACCGCCAGCGGAAGAAGCUCAGCCGGGGCAGGGGAUUGUUUCAUCAUCAUCACAACCAGCACAACCAGUUGCCACUAGUAGCAGCAAGGCCAAGACAAAAGCCAAGAGUCGGCAAGAUGAUAUCGAGGAGGCUUCCGGCUCUGUGGCCAGUUUGCAGCGUACCCAAGCCCGACGGCCGGAAAACUUGGAAGACAGCCUGGCCAGCACGUUAAGCAAUUCCUCGGGUGCUCAGAGACAGCCUCGGCAUAGUCACAGCCUGCUGGUUCGUGCCCAGACCCAUACACCGGCCCAUCAGGUGGACUUGGAGGUGGAUCGACGGUCACGCAGCAGCAGCACCUCGGAGGGUGAGGCCGAAGUCCGUUCGAGGACCCAGCUUCCCGGCAAACAUUCCACAACGAUCAACGGCGAGUCGGAACUACUGCCCCCGAUCUCCGGACACGACAAUACCUCGACGACUGCCACAGCAACUGCCACACUUACCGCCAAUGCCGCCGGUGUUAGCGGUGUCCUGCACAGCUCCACGCUGGCGGAUGAUAGCCUCACAGCCUCGCUGCACGGCAGCCUCGAGAGCCUCUCCUACAGCAGUUCCCGCUGCACCGUCAGUUUCGGUGGUGCGGAAGUGAUGCCCGCAUCGGGCAUGGGACCACCAGGAGGAGGACCAGGUGGAGGCUUAACCGGCGUGGAGGCGGAGGCCAGGGAGCGGGCGCGUCUGGCCAAGCGGUUGAGGAUCCUGGAGGCCAAGUCGAUUAGCGCCCAGUGCAGCCCCAUCUUUCCCAGGCAUGUGGUGCGCUCAUUUCCACUGCAGGCGCCCCAACAAGCGCGCCUGCACAUCAAUGUUCCCUCCAGCCUGGCCAAAACCCCGCAGCAGCCUUUGCAAUUGCAACAGCAACCCCAUGUGGCCUUGGACAUUGAGACGCUGCCUGCUCCGCUUCCACAGCGUCGUCGUCUUCUGCCCAAGCAGUUAUCCUGCACGGAAAGCGGAGGAGGAGCCGGUGAAUUUGGUGUGGCUGGUGGAGUUGGUGGAGCGGAGGCCUACUCCCGCUACUUCUCACGCCAGAAUACCUCGGAGGAUAGUGCCAAUGUGACGGUGAGCACGGUGCUGGCCCAGAGUGAUUCACAGUCUUUGCAUGCCACGCCCAGCUAUGCCAACACGCCUCCGGCGAUGGCAAGAGACCUCAUUGGAAGUCAAGAGAGACGCAAGUCGCGAAGCACAGGACUGCUGGCCGGACGCCCGCCUGUAGGAUCCACAGAUGUGGUCAUUGCCAUGGAUGGAGGAGUACCUGGGCCAAGCGGUAGAACUGGGGGAACCCGAACCCUGCUGCCCGACAAGCUGCACCGGAUGACUUCGACAUCAACGGGGUCCAGUGUGGCAGCCACCGGCUGCUGUAGUUCGGCCAAACCCAAGGAGAGACCCAGUGAAGUCUUUAGGCCCACAAUGCCAUCCUCCGCGGCCACGACAACGGCCCAGAGCACGGGCAGUGAUGACGAGUACCGGCGACGGAAACGGAAGUACAAGCGCCAUCAUCGCUGCUCGGAUCCUGCCUUGGUCUAUCCCACGCCCAGUGGCCUCCAGCACUAUGUGCAUGUGCUUGGCAUCCAUCCGGACACACAGCAGCCCAUACAAUGCCCGUACGGCGAGGAUUCGCCCUGUGACCUGCAGCUGGACAUGGACCUGGAUCUGGACACAGAUGGCGAUAAAAUCGACGACCUUGAGCAGAUGGUCCCCAGUGGUCAUCAGCGGCAUCGCCGAAAGCAUCGACAUCGUCACAAAAAGCGGCAUCGGCACAAAAAACCAAAAAUUCUGGUACAGGACUUGGACACAGAGGUUGUUAAGGUGAUCGAUCCUCAUGAUCUGUCACAGCGUGCCCGCUGGACAAUAAUAGCCACCGCCUGUUUGUUGCUGCUCAUGUGCCUCAUGCUAAUCGGUGUUACUUUACGAAUGGCUCCGAUCAUCGAUGAUAUGGUGCGACAGGAGAACGAGCGGAACUUCCGCGAGAAUCUGGAGCGCACCUGGAUGAUGAAGAAUCGCACCGAGCUGAAUCUGCAGCGCCAGCAGAUGGACAUGCAGCUGCAGGUUCCAUGAACGCGAACGGAAGGAAGGAUGUGACACCGAUGGCAACAGAUGCGACCGGAUCCGGAAGCGAUGUCAGAUGCGCGGAGGGGAAAUGUCAACGGUUGGGAGCAGCAGCAGCAGCAGCAGCAGCAGCAACCAUUAUAACAACAACGACAACUGGCAAGGACACGACGAGAGUUUUGUGGCAGGAAGCCAGAGGGGGAGAGCUUCUUGUACCGCUCCAGCCUUGUCCCCUUUUAACCAUUAAGUUCUUUUAUCCUCCUCCUCGUUUUCUCAGCCCUAAUCAACGUUAUGCGCACAAAAGCAACCAAAGAAUAACAACAACAAGAGAUCGAAAAACAUAAAACAAAAAGGGAAAUUGUUAAACAAAAAAUAAUACUAAUUAAAUGAGAGGAUGGAGGAGCGAGGAGCGAGCACUCCGAAGUGCUCGGCUAAAGCUAAAGUUAAUGCUAAUUGUAGUUAAGUCUGCUCCGGCGGAAAUCACUUGUUUUAUAUCUAACUGAGAGGUAGACUCCACUUAGAGCAAACAAAAACCAAACAAAACAGAACAAAAAACCAUGCAGAAGAAAAUCAAAAGUGAUGUCAGUUUAGUCAAUAGUUAAAAAACAAAGCAAAAACGUUGUUUAUAGAGUUACUUCGAUGGCAUUUUAAAUGUUAGGUCCGGCACGUUCUGGUUCUUUAAUUCGCCAAGAAAUAAUAUUUCCCCUUGCAGUCUUCAUUUGGUUUCAUUUAAGUCUGAUUGAUGUAAAGAUAUGUAUAUGUAUAUGUUUUAAUUUAAUUUCCGGCGAAAUCAUUUACCAGAACGGACUCGAUUGUCCUGUAAUUAUUGUGCUUAGGAUCUAGUGCAGGACGACGACGCCAAUUAAGCGAAAGGUUUCGAUUGUUCAGUUGAUUAGCCAAAUGGUUUCAAUUUUUCUUUAGCAAAAUGAUUUUCCCUCGUUUUUCCCUCAACCCAAAAAAACGGCGUCGUCGAGCAGGAAACAAAAAAAGAAAAAAAAAAUAUGAGAAAAGAAAGAAAGUUGGUCAGUAGUUAUGUCUGAAACUAAGUUGUUAACUGAAAAGUACUCCUAAGUAAAUGUUAAUAGCAAUAAACAGCAGAAAAGUUUUUGUAUCUCUUAGAUGGCGAGUUGGAGGAGAAGAAGCGCAGCAGUAUUCCAAGAUACAGUUUCGGUAGAAGAAUAUACGAUUUUCAUAGGAUAAACACACACAACAACAAUAAUUGUAAAAGAAUCAAUAGAUUUAUUCCCACUUGGUCCUUGGAAGGAGUACUUGUGCCAAAAAAAAACAAGGGAGGAUAAAUCCUAAUAGGAACAAAGCAGCCCAGGUUGCAUAGCGUUAAUUAAUAAACAAUGGCGAUGGAUGGGUUAGAGUUAAUUAGCGGAUCGAUGUGAAAACUGUUACUUAAGUGCAAAACGAGCUUGUUGUCGAAUUAAUUUUAAAACGUAUUACUAACUAAGUGAAACUAAGCUAAAUGUUACAUGUUUUUUAGGUGUUCAAUGUUACAAUUAAUUUGUGCAGCAGCGCUAGCCCCUCACUAUCAAUACGUACUCUAUAUGUGUACUAUAUAGUGUAUGUAUUUAAUUUCGAUCAGCCUGUGUGCUCACUCAGUUGCAAAGUUUAAUGACAAAAUUUAGCUUGAAGCAAACUUCUAUCGGUUUCAGCAGAGAGAACAGCGUUGAAUGCUUUUGAACACACAAAGUUGUGAACGAACGACGGCCUCCUCCAACUUUCUUCCCCCAAUUACAAUUCACAAUUAACCGGAAAUCUGUACAUAUUUCGAUUGGGAAAAUAUUCCCUCAAAAACAUUCGCUCAAAUGCACAUUUUGCAAAUUAAAAGCCUUCUUGCCAAGACAAAUGUGAGUUUGACAGCCUAAACAUUAGCUUAAUGCGUUUCGCAGCCACAAGCCACAAGGUUUCCCAUUGAUUUAUUCACAUAAAUCAGACAUGUCUCUCAAAUAUAUAGACAGAGAAAAAUUAUUAUGUCAUUUCGUAUAGAAUAUAUACAUUUUGCAGGCAAUUUAAUAUAUAUUUGCUCUGAAAGUACCAAGCAAAUGUUUCUAUUUUAAUUUGUUCUCUUUUUUAACAGAGUAUUUGCUAGCUUUUAAUUUAAAUUUGGAAUUUAUGAAAGAUUCUAGACAACCUUGAUUUUUUAUUUGAAGUCUCUGAUGAAUAUUCAUCAUAUUUACAUCGUUAAAAUUGUCAAAAAUU